GUUAAAGUGACAGCAUGCUAACAUGUUUUAUGCUAGUUAAUGUGAAAACAUUGAGUAGUUAUGCCUCUAAUAGUAAUGUGUGGUUAUCCGUGUAGUGGUAAAACACGAAGAGCAGAGGAGCUGAAGGUUUAUUUAGAGGAAAACACCGAACGAAAGGUUCAUGUAGUGGGAGAUGAAGCCCUGGGUGUUGAGAAAAACACUGUUUACGCAGACUCCCAAAAGGAAAAGAAUGUCAGAGCAGCCCUGAAAGCUGAAGUAGAGAGGAAAGUCAAUAAGGAUGAUAUUGUAAUCUUGGAUUCACUGAAUUACAUAAAAGGUUACCGCUAUGAACUCUUCUGUCUCAUCAAACAUACACAGACACCACACUGUCUUGUGUACUGUUUGACAUCAGAUCAAGUAAGUUCAAGAUGGAAUACAGACAGAGAUGCUGCAGAGCAGUACACACAAGAAAUUUUUGAUGCAUUGGUGCUAAGAUUUGAGGCUCCAGACUCUAGAAAUCGCUGGGACUCUCCUUUAUUCACCAUCCUGCAAGACGACACGCUUCCAUUUGACGCUAUCUCUGAUGCACUUUUCAAAAGAAAAGCACCUCCACCUAAUCAGUCGACUCAGAGUCAACCAUUGUCAUCUGCAAACUUCUUGUACGAGUUGGACAAGAUAACACAAGACGUUUUAAUGGCAAUUUUCAAUGCACAGAAAACAAGUGUUCCUGGGGAUCUUGUUUCUGUUCCUGGAGCAACAGAGAAGAUUGAGCUCACCAGGAGCAUCAACAUGGCAGAGCUGCGGAAAUUACGGCGUCAAUUCAUCAGCUACACAAAGAUGCACCCAACGGAGAACACAGGACAACUUGCCAACAUGUUUGUGCAAUAUUUAAAUAAGAGUCUUCACUGAGGUUUUAUUAUAUGUUUCUUUUUUGUAUUUUCUGGGCAAAAUAAAUCAGUUUAAAUAGUU